AUGAUGUCGUUUUACGAUUUUUUUGAAGUGUUCACUAAAGUUCCGAUUUUCAUUACAAUUGUUUCAAACUUUUUGCUUAUAUACCUCACAAUUUUUCAAGUCAAGCAAAUAGUCGGAACCUAUAAAUAUAUGAUUAUAUUAUACUCAGUUUUUGGAAUUGGGUUCUCAAUUUGUGAUCAAAUUGCGAAACCUUUCAUUCAUAGCUACAACGGCUACAAAUCUUUAUUAUAUUUCAGUUAUGGAGAAGGUUGGUUUGAGGCUUCAUUAUUCGUUCGUCUGGGUGCUCUAGUUAUGUAUGCUGGAUUUUAUAUACUUAUUGUAGCUUUUGCUGCGGUGCAAUUUGUAUAUCGAUAUUUAGCAUUAGUAAACCCAGACUUGACGAAAUGGUUUCAAAAAUUUGGAGUUAUUUUUUGGAUAUUGUAUCCAUUUUUGUAUGGAGUCGUAAACUCUUUAUCAAUUCUAUUUUUGACGUCGCCAGACGGCUUUACGGAUGACUAUUUACGAGCUGAAAUCAUUGAAAAAUAUGAGCUGGACAUCGAAAAUAUAGCCCGAUUGGUAAUGAUUCCGUUUGAUACAGAAAAAAAUUUAAGAAUAAAUAACACAGUCUACCUAUUCACAGUAACUUUUUUCAUCACUUGUCAGUACUUGAUCAUUAUUUCUUGUGGCGUUCAAAUGCACCUACAAAUGAAUAAGAAGCUUCUCAAAUUUUCUGUGCCCAACCGGAAACUUCAGAAACAAUUUUUCAAAGCUCUUCUUGUUCAAAUUACAAUUCCAGCAAUAUUAUUUGUGCUUCCUGCAGUACCAUUUAUGAUCGGCCCAUUUUUCAAUAUUAAAUUCACUUUGAAAUCAGGAGCUGUUUGUGCAUUGCUUGGAAUGUAUCCACCGAUCGAUAGUAUAGCUUUCAUGAUUAUUGUAUCGGAAUACAGAACAUUGAUCAAACGAAAACUAACAUUAAAAAAAACACUUGGAGAAUGUGACUUGACUGAUGUUUUAAGUGCGUUAUUCUAG